AUGUUCGCGCCUGGAGCUGCGACCGUUCCCUUCCUUCGACGCGAGCCUCCCGAUUGGUUCGGCUGGCCCGUUUCGUCGUCUCCGCCUGCGAUUCCGGGUCAGUUUCUCCUCGUUGACGACGCGGUGCGUCUGAAGUCCCGUGGACAGGUGCGCCGCGCGGCCGAACAGAGCAGGCGGCAGGGCACGCAGGGCGCCGUGACUGCGAUUGUUCAUCGAGGAUCGAGAUGCUUAGGCGCGUUGAACUCCGGGAGCCCGCCGCCUCCGAAGCUUAUGUUGACCAAAUGCUGCGGUUGAAAAAGCGAAAGCAUAAAAGCCAGAUCAGUUUAGUGUAUUGGUACUAAUUCCUGAUUGGCAUCAUGCUUUUCUGCGUGUAUGGUUGCCUGAAGAGGUUAAUCGUAAAUCAAAUAGGCAGAAGGAGAAGGCGAGGACCAUUUCGGAUUGCUGGCGAAGCUAGACCAACUGCAGCUUCAGUGAAAGGAGCAGUUCUGAGCUCACCAUUAGUUGAAUUCAGCACAGUCUGUUCAGCGACGAACAAUUUUAACGACAAGCUUGGGGAAGGUGGAUUUGGUCCAGUUUACAAGGGGAUACUACCCGAUGGCCAAGAGAUUGCUAUUAAGAGGCUGUCUCAAAGAUCAGAGCAGGGCUUGGAAGAGUUCAAGAAUGAGGUGAUCGUGCUAUCCAAGCUGCAACAUCGGAACUUAGUUAGGCUUUUCGGUUGUUGUGUUCAUGGAGAAGAGAAGAUGUUGCUGUAUGAAUACAUGCCUAACAAGAGUCUUGACUCAUUUAUUUUCAAUGAAAAUAAGGGACUUCUAUUAGGUUGGAAAUUGCGAGAGAAGAUUAUUCAGGGAAUUGGAAGAGGGUUACUGUACCUUCAUCAGGACUCCAGUCUGAAAAUUAUCCAUCGGGAUCUCAAAGCAAGCAACAUUCUGCUAGAUGAUGAUUUCAACCCCAAGAUAUCUGACUUUGGCAUGGCUAGAAUUUUCAGUAUACAUCAGCUUCAAGACCUUACUCAUCGAAUUGUUGGAACCUAUGGUUACAUCUCCCCGGAGUACGCAAUGGAGGGUAAAUUCUCCGAGAAAUCUGACGUCUUCAGUUUUGGUGUGUUGAUCCUAGAGAUUGUGAGUGGCCGGAAGAACAGCUCUUUUGUCGAUGAUGAAUGGUCGAUGAACCUCUUGGGCUAUGCAUGGACCCUGCGGAAGGAGGGCAGUGUCUCGGAGCUUAUUGAUCCACUGAUGGGUACCACAUACACUUACGACGAAGUCUGCAGAUGCAUUCAGGUGGGCCUCCUGUGCGUGCAGGAGUUACCAGCUGACAGGCCAACCAUGUCCCUAGUGCUCAGGAUGCUCAAUGGUGAUGUUACAAUUCCUUCUCCGAAGCAAGCUGCAUUUUUCGUUGGAAGAGUUCCCGUGGAUGACAACGAUACUGGAUCAGGUAAUCAGUUAACGAAUACAGAUCUUCACGGCAGGUAGUCUCAGCCUGCUGAAGCUUCAUGCUAUCUAUUCUACAGGCCCGUACAUUGGAUUGCCAAAUCUGUUGUGCCAUUAUUUUUACUUCCUAUUAUUAAAUAAGUAUGGGAUACACAGUGCAAGGGCUGUUACUUCCGGUAUAUAUUUACUUGUAAAUUGUGAACUGUUUGUGUAUUUGGGAGUUUUGAUUGUAUAUACAUGUGUAAAUGUUUUCAGUCACAUAAGUUUCUUGUUAUUCGA